UUUACACUUUCAUCCAUUGAAAUGCACGCGGCCUCCGUUGCGAGCGACACAUGCCGGUUCCAAAUAACAGUCAGCCGUCCGGGUCGGGUCUUAUCGGCAACUAAAAUAAUAACUCGAAAAGUGACAGGAGCUGUGAUUUUCUGUGCUUUGAGAACAGUAUUAGUGAUUGUCGAACUUUAACCGAAGAAAACUGGCACUGUAUAGUUUAUUCUUCCCAUUGCGAGUAAUGUUGUGUUGAGCCAUGGGUCACACGGAAGACACCGGGGGCUCUCCGGAUCUUCCCCCCCUGCCCCCGCCAAUCCAACCUUGCAGUGGUUUCCUCGGAAAUGGCAAAUCAAUAAUCCGACCGAUAGCCUUCAAGCCUCUCGGCGGGCGGCUGUCGGCCGGCGGCGAGCGGUAUGGUUCUACUCCCGUGCUGGCCAGCAGGCCGCCAUCUCAUAUGACCCUCUAUGGCAGUUCGUCCGACGUCCGCGAAGCCCGCUGGUGUGGCUCCCCACAGCCCGCCUCGCUGUCCGCUCUCCCGCCCGCCGCCCUCUCCGCUCCUCUCCAUCACAGACACCACUCCGCGCUCGUGACUAAGUCGAGUUCGGUGCUGACGGGAGACAAGGAGCCGGUACCUGCGCCGUCGCCGGCCGACUCUGGAGUGGCUGAGCUCGAGAGGGACCAUCAUGACUAUAGUACAACAGACCGUCUCCGGAGCCACGACGUCCGUCUCCGAGCGCCGCGCGGUCUCAUGCUGCAGAGCUACAGCGCGCGGCGCGACGAGCGAGACAACGAGCUGGCCAGAGUGAGGCGCGACCGAGCGUUGCUCAGGCAGCGGCUGGAGGACACCGAGUGGAGUCUUUGUCAGAAGACUGGAGAAAUCGCGCUCUUGAAGACGCACCUGAAGGAUGCGCAGAAUGAACAAACAGCCAAAGGCCAUGAAUAUUUAACACUAAAGGCGGACUGCCGUCAACUGAGGGAGGUCCUGGACAAGAAAGAGAAAGAAAUAAUGAGGCUAAGAGCCGAGUCGGAGGAAAAGGAGAAAACCAUCAACCGACUGCAAUCGGAAGUUGACAGACUAUCCAACGACCUGAUGGAAAGCGUGGCGGAUCUAGCGAAGACCAAGGAAAGUAACAAAAACGAAAUAGAUAAAUUAAAAACGGAACUCAAAGAAUUACGGCAAGAGUUAUCAGAUGUCUCUCUGAGCGGUUACGAAGGUAUAGAAUGCGGUAGGACCAUGAGAGGAAUAUACGAAGUUUGCAAGACAAACGAGUACCAUUGGACUUCUAGUGACAGCGCACUUGAAGAUGCGGAAGUACAGCGGUUAAAUGGAGAACUACCGGAUCCUUGUGGAGAACCCUGCCCUGCUAGUUCUAUGGUCGACAGACUUAAAUGCGAAUUGGAGACAAAAGAAACACAAUUCAACAACGAGAGAAGGAAAUGGUCCGAGGAGAAAGACAAAGUACUGAGAUACCAGAAGCAGUUACAGCAGAAUUACGUGCAGAUGUUCAAGCGAUCUCGGACCUUGGAGGCGGAACUAGAUGGUCUGAGGUUAGAGCUAGAAUUGUCCAACAAGAACAUGAAAAACCUGAACAAGCACGGAAAGACGAUAGAGUUAUAAUUACAUUACCAAAUUUUAUAUUCAUAGUUAUUUAUAUAGAGAAGGCUAUUUUGUAUCUUGUAAAUAUUUAAACGUAAGAAUCCAUAGUAUUUUCUUGCCCGAGCCGUUUAGUCAGCCUUUGACACGGCACGUUAUUUAAGUUUGUUGAAAGCAUAAUACUCACUUAGCAACAGUAGCGUCACAAUUGUUUAAAUUAUUGUAAAUAUAUAGAACAUUGGGCCUAUUUGCUACAUUGAGUUUUUUGUGCAUUAAACUUGGAAUGAUUUUUAAGGGUCAAAUAAUAUUUUUUGCCAAAUUCUUAUUUUCAAAAGUUAUUUUUAUCGUAUGAUUUCGAAGAUAACUAAUGUUUUGGGACCUGUAUUGUAUACGUAUAUAUAAAGUCCACGAAUAGAUGUGUAAGAUAAUAUUAAAGAGAAACGCCCCGUGACAAAUUUAUCAUAGGUAUAGAUAGAUUUACCUAUUAUAAGUUAUUGUAGAAAAUAAAACUAUUUUCAAAUAA